CAACUGGCUGAUGGACGUAAAGUUCAUCCUGAAGAUGUGUUUUCUGAUGAAAGUCCAAAAGAAGAGCGACCCCGUGCUUUGGUUUUUGAGUGCUCCGGGGAAGCCCACGUUAAGGCUUUAAGCGAAAAUUCUGCUAUCCAGCAAUUUAUCGAUGGGACAAAGUGCAUCGAUCAUGUUGUGCACCUUAGUGAAGAAAGUGUUGUUCAUCUUCCACUUUACGCAAAAUUUGUUGCCUCACUUGGACCAAAUUGUUGUCAUAUUGUGGCAAACUCGUCUUGUCCGGUUGUUCCUGGAGUAGAGAGCAUUUAUAGGAAUCACCGUCUACUACACCACAUUAGCCCUGAUUUGUUCCCAGCGCUGCAUCCAUUGGCGUGGAGUGGACUAGUCACUCAAGCUAAUGAUCUUGCCGUAAAAGAUGGAGUAUAUCUUAAAGCGGCCCCAUUGCAACGGUUUUGGAUGAGGAUGGGAGGAGUUGGAGAAGAGCCUAUAAUUGCGGAUCUGCGUGAAACUGACUUGCAGCUGACGGACAAGGCAAAGGAGUUGGUAGAAAAUCUACGGCAAGAAACAGAAAAACUACGACAUUCCUCCCCUAUGUCUUGUGAAUACCCAAGAGUGUCGUUCUUGGGAACUUCGUCAGCUGUCCCGUCAAAGUAUCGCAACGUCAGCUCAUACCUGCUAGAAACGAGCCCUACAUCGGCUGUACUUAUUGAUGUCGGAGAAGGAACAUACGGGCAAAUACGAGUUCUUCUAGGCGAGAAGAGGUGUGCUGAGCUUCUCUGCAAUUUGCAUGCAGUUUUUAUUACUCAUGCACAUCAGGAUCAUAUGAAUGGCCUUUAUACUAUUAUCGAACGGCGUAAAGAAGCCAUGGAUGCGUCUGGAAAGGCUUACGUGCCUUUAGUUCUAGUCUCUAAUAGGAACGUUCUAAAACCUCUCAGAACGUAUUCAAUGUGCUUUUUUGAUCUCGAAUCUUUAUUGGAGAUUGUGGACAUUUCAAGACAUCCGGUCACACCUCCGCCUAGGUAA